AUGGGAAACCAACAAUCAAGGCAAUUAAAACAAAGAGGCUUUAAACAAUCUACUAAAGAAACUUCGGGUACAAGUUCUGAUGAAAGUCCAACAGAAUUGAGUUUUCGUUACGUCGGCGGCCGAACAUUUCGUCGAGAUAUUCCUUAUAUGUUCCCAGUUGACGAACGUGAAGCGAUGCGACUUGAAAAACAACAAAUCGUAGCAAAACUUACAUGGCAAGGGAAUUUCUCUUUGCCAAUUGACGAUCAUUUAAAAGCUGGAGGAUUAAAAAUAUUGGAUGUUGGAUGUGGUCCAGGAAUAUGGAUAACUGAAAUGGCCGAAACAUAUCCAUUAUGCACAUUCACAGGUGUUGAUGUGUCUCCAGUUUAUCCCUUAAAAGAGCUACCAGAAAAUGUUGAAUUUAUACAAGCCGAUAUACUUAACGGACUGCCAAUUGAAGACAGCGAAUUCGAUUUCGUGGUCAUGCAUUUUUUGAGUGAUUGUUUCACAAUACGACAAUGGAAAUCAAUAGUCAUUCAAGAAGUUGCUCGUGUUAUGAAACCUGGAGCAUGGCUUGAGUGGAUGGAAAGUGGUUCAACUUUAAAAAAUGAAGGAGAAAAUACAAAAAAAUUAAGGCAAUCUUUAUAUUCAGCAGCAAAUUCACGAGGCGUGAGUCCGUGGACGGUAAAUGAAAUUCCAAAAAUGUUAGAUAAUUCAGGCAUAUUUGUAAAUAUACGAGUUGGAAAACGAACAGUUAUAUUUAGUUCGGCUGGUGGAAAAUGUGGUGAAUUGUUUACAGAUGUCGCUAUUAGUACAUACCAAGCUUUGAAAAAACAAACUAUGGAAUUUAUGAGUAUCACGCCUCACGAAUACGACCUGCUACUUUAUAAAAUACGCGAAGAGUUUGAACAAUAUCAAACAAGUGCGGAGUAUUAUCGAUUUUGUUCGCAAAAAAUUGUGAUAGAUAUCGAAGAAAUUGAUGGUGAAGAAUAG